AUGACGGCACUUGCACAAGAAUUUUUUGACGCGAACAAUAGCUCUCAUAUAAGUCAUGGUUGUCAGGCUAGCAUUCCAGUUCAUUUGCACGUUUGGAGGCCUCCAGCAGUAGAGAUUUACAAAAUAAACGUAGAUGGGGCACUCAAAAUUGGAGACUCUGUUCGUGGGGUUGGGGUGGUUGUCAAAAACGAGAAUGGGGAGUUUAUGGCCACAUGUGGUAGGCGACUCCAAGGCAUUUAUGGGGCUAGGCAGAUGGAGUUUAUGGCUGCAAUAGAGGGACUGCAUUUUGCUAUUGAUAUGGGAUUUACUGAUGCUAUUCUAGAAAUAGACACACAAGUUUGCAUUCAGAGUAUUCUUUCAACAGAUGAGAGCAAUGGAGUAGAUGUUCUAAUGAUUGAGGAGGUGAAAUCUCUACUUAAUAAUUUUAGAGCUGUUGGAUGUCAAUGGACUCCACAAUGUGGUAAUAAAGUGGCCCACGCUUUGGCUCAGUUUGUAAUUCAUUGUAAUGAAGUUGUCACCUGGAUUCAAGAUGCACCAAUAUGGUUGCUCCCUGUGCUUGAAGCUGAUGUACUUUCUUUGAAAUGUUAA